UUAACAGUUAACAUAGAUACGCAGCGCAGCGACCACCGAGCCUCGAAUGGUUGAAGUUAGAUAACUCUAAUACUUGUAUUAGCUGUACUUAAUUUAGGAAAACCUACAAGAAACAACUUCAACUUUCAGCUUCUUCAUUUUCACUUUUAUUUGUAUUAUUGAUUCAUUUCGUUUGUCCAUUUUACCACGCCAAAAUAAAUCAGUUUUGCAUGGUAUUCCACUCUAGUCUUCUCCAACUCGCAUGGCUGCGAUAUUCGCUUCUAGCUCCUUAAUUGUCGCAUCCAUCAUCGACGCCUUGGAAGGUGGUUCAUUCAAGCCACCAUGUUUUCCAGAAUAAAAGGUGCUAUCGAUCGGAGCAUUGCCGAAGAGCAGGCUCGCCAACGCGUCGCGGCUGAGCAGAGGUCUAAUUCCCCCUCCGCUUCUGGUCAACGCCCACGAUCCGUUUCGAGAACGAAUAGCACCAACUCGCCCGCUAGGAGGAAGACUAAGAGGCCGAGUCAAGAUCAAACAAAUGGUGACGGUGCUACAAAUCCCGACCCAGCCGUCUUCGAAGCCGCCUUCGUACUUGACGAUGAAGAUGCCGAUGCUACAUCAGGGCUACCAGAAAAGCCUGGCAGAGAUGCCGUAGUAAACAACGAGAAAGAUGGUGGUGGCGACGCAACCGAGCAGAACGGCGAAACUCAGGAUCAGUCAAAUAAUACCCUGGACGAGAAACCUAAGGAUGCACUAUCCCCUGCGCCGGCGGAGCUUCCACCUCAUGUGAAGACUAAGCUCAGAAAAUUAGAAAAAUUGGAGGCCACAUAUCCAGGUAAUUCAUUUGCGCCUAGGGAUUCAUCCACCAGCCACUAACAUAUUCUAUUCUUUCCGCAGAGCUACUACGAUCAUACCGAAUUGCGCACGGCCGGGCCACUUCGAUCGAACCUUUCGAACGGGC